AUGAGGAUGUGGAAAAGAGCUCGUAACCAUCCUUCAUCUCUAUGACCUACGAGCAAAAGAAACAGAGGCAAGGACACAGGGACCGGUCUACUUCCUGACAUCACCCCUGCUGCUGUCUAUGAACUUCACUGAGGCAGAGCAGUGGGCUUUCCAACAAUCCUGACAGACGGCAAAACCCUGUUGAGGCUCCAACACCAGCGGCAACAGCAGACACGAUGUCCUCGCCCCCCAUCCCCAUGCCCUCUCUCCCCCCCAGCCCUCUGGCCAUGGAAUACCUGAAUGACUUUGACCUCCUCAAGUUUGAGGUGAAAUCUGACGCUCCUCUGCUCCCUCCUCCAGGUGUGUAUCCCAAAUCUGGUCUCUCCCAUGACCCUUCCAGCUCUCCGUACACAGGCCAACCUCCACAGGAUUCCAGCUUGAGCUCCAGCCCUUACAACUCACUGCCACCAUCACCGACACUCAGUGAUGCCCAUCCGCCACCGUCAGGCUCUUCCUCCCUCUCUUCAUCAUCCUCCUCCAUCUCCUUCCCCCUCUCCAUAUCCAACAGCUUCACCUCCGGCAUCAGCUCUAUCUCUCAGGGUAAUAUGGAGGAAAGCCCGGCCCAUGGCGGGCCUCAGUGUCCCACCCCAGCCUCACUGGAGGACCUGAUUUGGCUGGCAGCACUUCAGCAACAGUUUGGAGGUGAUGUGGCGGGGCCCGGCACUCUGCUGGGAGCCUUGGGAGGAGUACCAGAGAGAGGGGAUAGAGAGAGGGGGUCAGUGAAUGGCUUUCUGGGCUGUGAGGAUGCUGUGGAGGCUUUGCUGAACUCAGCUGCUGCAGCUGUUAGCUCACAGUUUCCGAGUCUUUCUCAGAGUUCAAGCAGCAACAAUGGCGACUCCAGCAGCAACAGUGGAGGUGACAUCUCCUGCACCAAAGGGACAGACAUGUGUCAUCGUCCACUUGUCUUCCUCUCAUCUGUUCCUCCCUCGCACCCCAACACAGCCACCACCUUUGGUUCCUACUCACAACCACUCAGCCCCCAGAGUCGCCUUCAUCACCACCAGCAUCACCAUCAUCAGCACCAUCCACAUCACCCCAUGCAUGGCAGCCAUCACCAUCAUCACCACCCACAAGUUAAUCAGGUACACAGGUGCGGGGCGAACGAGCGUUUCUCUGAUGAGCAGCUGGUGAGCCUGUCAGUGCGUGAGCUCAACCGACACCUGCGUGGAGUGAGUAAGGAUGAAGUGGUGCGCCUGAAGCAGAAACGCCGCACGCUAAAGAACCGUGGCUAUGCCCAGUCCUGCCGCUACAAGCGCCUACAGCACCGCCACACUCUAGAGUCUGAGAAGCAUGUACUUACACAACAGUUGGAACAGCUACAGUGUGAGCUGACUCGAGUGCUGAGGGAGAGAGACGCCUACAAGGCUCGCUAUGAGAAGCUCCUUAGCACAAGCCACUGCACCGCUGUCGACGCCCCACCACCACGCACCAGCAAGCCACCUUCACCACCCCCAGAGUACUUCCUCUGA